GCUGGCGAUGAGCGCGUUUCGUGUGAAGCUGUCGGUGAAAACGUUCGAGCUUUCUUCUAAUGAUCUUGCUUUAAAGUUAAGCACGUGAAUUGAAACAAAUUUGUUAAAUACACAAAAGUCCCAAAACACCACGCACCACAACCACAACACCGCAACAGAUUAACAAAAGAGAAUCCGCUAUAAUAUAAAAGAUAAUGCUUACAAAGGCCACUCUAAUACCGCAUGCUAGUGCACCCGUUCACUAAUUAUGAUAAAUACACAAUACACAUUACACAGAGCAUAGCAAGGACGAAUUAAAACAAAACACAAAAACAGAAAAGAAACGGAAAGAGGAACAUCAAGGAAUCACAGAAUCACGACAACAGUAUUGAGGCAAACAGACAUACAGACGAGAAAACACAGACAAGGACGAGAAAGAGGGCGGGGACAGGGAUCGGGACGAAGGCGAAGGCGAAGACGAGGACGAGGACGCCGACGAGGACGAGGACAACAAACCAAACAAGACAAUGUCAAAAUAUCAAAAGCUUGACAACGCAUCGGUUCCCAUAACACACGAUGACUACGACGAGAGUUUUUCACUUUACUUCGAUGAUAAUCAACACAGCAACAACAACAAUUUCAGCGAGAACGUUAAUGAUAACAGUGGCAGCAUAAGACUGAAUAUUGUGGCAGGCAAUCACAAUCACAAUCACACUCACAAUCACACACUCAUGCCAAAUGAUAAUCCCAAAUACAGUAGUGUCGGGCGACACCACAACAAUGGCAGCAGUCGCAGUGGCAGUGGCAGUGGCAGUGUCAGUGGGAACGUGGUGGCACAUGAACUGGAGGAGCAUACGUGGGAGGUGCCGCUACUGAGUCGGGAGGAUAGUGGCAAUAAUCUGUUACAUCAGCAACAUCAUGAGUCCGGGAAUCCAGAACAUUGUCAUCACGCCCAGAGUGGUUUUGGUGCGAACCUCAAAAGCAAAUCGGCGCAGGAGGCCAAAUUUAAAAUUCUGCUCGCAAUUUCGCUCUGUUGCAUAUUCAUGAUCAUUGAAUUCCUUGGCGGAUACAUGGCCGGCAGCUUAGCGAUUAUGACAGAUGCCGCACAUUUAGCCUCCGAUUGCAUUAGUUUUGUCAUUGGUCUGGUUGCCAUUUGGUUGGGCGGCCGACCACCGGAUGCGCGCAUGUCAUUCGGCUACAAACGCUUUGAGGUUCUGGGCGCUUUAGCCUCAAUUCUGGGCAUUUGGCUGCUCACUGCAAUGCUGGUUGUGGUGGCCAUUCAACGCAUCUACUCUCGUGAUUUUGAUUUGGAUGUCGAUAUAAUGAUGUUAAUUUCGGGAAUCGGCAUAGGCAUAAAUAUUAUCAUGAUGUUCGUUUUGCACGGCUCCUGGUUUACCACAGGUCAUGGGCAUAGCCAUGGAAAUGGACAUGGACAUGGGCAUAGUCAUGGUGGACACAGUCAUGCGCAUGCCACGCCCCCAAGCCCAACAGCGCACAGCGGCCUAACAAUGCCAAAUGGCCAUAAUGUUGUUGUUGUAACAAAUGGCUUAAAGCCGACGCAUCAAAAUGGACACAGUCACAAUCAUUCGGAGCGAAAUAUGAACCUGCGAGCGGCGAUGAUUCAUGUCAUUGGCGAUUUGGUGCAGAGCAUUGGCGUCUUUCUGGCCGCAGUAUUAAUCAAAUUUUGCCCAAGUGCCAAGUAUGCGGAUCCGCUGUGCACACUGCUCUUCUCGAUAAUUGUUAUUAUGACCACGGUGCAGCUGUUCCGAGAGUCUGUGGCCAUAUUGCUGGAUGCGGUGCCUGUCGGCGUGAAUCUGCCAUCUCUGGAGCAAGAGCUGCGUAGCGUAGAGGGCGUCAAAUCGGUGCAUCACUUAAAUGUAUGGCAGCAUACCAGCGAGCACAGUGUGCUUAUGGCGCACAUAGUCAUAGAUCCAUUCGCCGAUGGCGACAGCGUACUGGCGCAGGCAACGCAACUGGCCUCGGGACGCAAAUACAACAUCAAGCAUGCGACCAUACAAAUCGAACGCUUGACUGACUAAUUAAAUUAUAAACAAACAAACAUUAGCCAUAAGUUAAAUAAUUGAUAGCAACAAGCUAUAAUGCUGAUGACCAAAGUCUGCGUGCUAUAGCAUUUUUGUGAUGUAUGUAUGUAUGUAUGAUUAUUCACUUUUUAUGACAUAAGUUGCGCGCUUUUAAAACCAUUUUUAUGAUUCCCAGAUAAGUAAAUUGUUUUUUUUUUGGCAUUGUUCGCGCUCCCCAUUUAUCCAAAUUUUAUGUAUGUAUUCCAUUUAAACCAAAUGUGAAGAGGAAAAAAAUUAAAUGCAAUAUAAAUGCAACUGUAUUAUUGAA